UCACAUCGACAAACACACCUCCCGAUUGCAGCAGCAACACCAAAAUGUUCCGUAUUAUGCGUGUGCCAUCGAUUUUGGCCAAAAAUGCAGUCUCCUCAAUGCAGCGUGUGGCAGCACUGGCAGCAGCGACGCCGCAGCGCAGCUACCACAUAACACCCGGACAACAGCAGGCGACAUCGGCGAAUCCGGAUGCGAUUUCCAAGCAAUAUCCCGUUGUCGAUCAUGCCUAUGAUGCAAUUGUUGUUGGCGCCGGCGGCGCUGGACUCCGGGCAGCAUUCGGACUGGUUGCUGAGGGAUUUCGCACGGCGGUGAUAACCAAACUGUUCCCGACUCGCUCGCACACGAUUGCCGCCCAGGGCGGCAUCAAUGCGGCACUGGGCAACAUGGAGCAGGAUGACUGGAAGUGGCAUAUGUAUGAUACGGUCAAGGGUAGCGAUUGGCUGGGCGAUCAGGAUGCCAUACACUACAUGACCCGCGAGGCACCCAAGGCCGUCAUCGAGCUGGAGAACUACGGCAUGCCCUUCUCCCGCACCCAGGACGGCAAGAUCUAUCAGCGUGCCUUCGGCGGACAGAGCUUGAAGUUCGGCAAGGGCGGACAGGCGCACAGAUGUUGUGCUGUGGCGGAUCGUACGGGUCACUCGCUGCUGCACACGCUGUACGGGCAAUCGCUGAGCUACGACUGCAACUACUUUGUGGAGUACUUUGCCCUGGACCUGAUCUUUGAGGAGGGCGAAUGCCGUGGCGUGCUGGCCAUCAAUCUGGAGGAUGGUAGUCUGCAUCGUUUCCGUGCUCAGAAUACAGUUAUUGCCACCGGCGGAUAUGGACGCGCCUUCUUCUCCUGCACCUCGGCGCACACCUGCACUGGUGAUGGCACCGCUUUGGUGGCACGUCAGGGUCUGCCCUCACAGGAUCUGGAGUUUGUGCAGUUUCAUCCGACGGGCAUCUACGGAGCCGGUUGUCUCAUUACCGAGGGUUGUCGCGGUGAGGGUGGUUACCUGAUCAAUUCCAAGGGUGAACGUUUCAUGGAACGUUAUGCUCCGGUUGCCAAGGAUCUGGCCUCACGUGAUGUCGUCUCCCGUUCCAUAACCAUUGAGAUUAUGGAGGGUCGCGGUGUUGGACCCGAAAAGGAUCAUGUGUACCUGCAACUGCAUCAUUUGCCACCCAAGCAGCUGGCCGAGCGUCUGCCCGGCAUCUCCGAGACGGCCAUGAUCUUUGCCGGCGUCGAUGUGACCCGCGAACCCAUCCCCGUGCUGCCCACCGUGCACUACAACAUGGGCGGCAUUCCGACCAACUAUCGCGGCCAGGUCAUCACCAUUGACAAGAGCGGCAACGAUAAGAUUGUGCCUGGUCUCUAUGCAGCCGGAGAGGCAGCUUGCAGUUCCGUGCAUGGUGCCAAUCGACUGGGUGCCAACUCUCUCUUGGAUCUUGUGGUCUUUGGACGUGCCUGUGCUAAGACAAUUGCCGAGGAGGCAAAGCCCGGUGCUCCAGCACCCACACUCAAGGAUAACGCUGGCGAGGCUUCGGUUGCCAAUUUGGAUAAGCUGCGUCAUGCCAAUGGCAAGAUAACCACCGCCGAUCUGCGCCUGAAGAUGCAGAAGACGAUGCAGAACCAUGCGGCUGUAUUCCGCGAUGGUCCCAUCCUGGAGAAGGGAGUGCGCGAGAUGAAGGAGAUCUACAAGCAAUUCAAGGACAUUAAGGUGAUCGACAAAUCUCUGGUGUGGAAUUCGGAUCUGAUUGAGACUCUGGAGCUGCAGAAUCUGCUGGCGAAUGCCCAGAUGACCAUUGUGGGUGCGGAGGCGCGAAAGGAAUCCCGUGGCGCACACGCACGCGAGGAUUUCCAGCAGCGUCUCGAUGAAUACGAUUACAGCAAACCUGUGGACAGCCAAACCAAGAAACCCAUGGAGGAGCAUUGGCGCAAACACACGCUCGCUUGGGUGACCAGCGAUGAUGGCAAUGUGGAUCUGAAAUACAGAGCUGUCAUCGACAGCACGCUGGACGAUGAGGUGCAGACAGUUCCACCCGCAAUCCGCUCAUACUAGAGACACCCACACACACACACACACAUGCAACACUCACACUUAACGAAACCAACGGAUGUCUACUUAAAAGGAAUCGCUGACAAAAUUCAAGUCGCCUCGUUAACUAUAUUUCGAUUAAUUGUUUUGCUGCUGCUUUCUAUGCCCAAAAUUGUACAGAUGUAACCCCACAAUUGCUGUGUAGUAGAGUGUAGUAUGAACUUAUUCUGAUUAUUCCUUAUGAUUCUGUCACAGAUGCUUUUUACUUUCUGUUUCCUAUGACUCCUCAUAUUGUUUUAUACUUUUAUUAAAAAUUAUGCGACAUUUGUGCGAAAAAUAAGUGAAAAGUA